AUGGAGACAUGGAUGAGAACUGCCAAAGGAGAAAAUUCAGUUAGUGAUGAAGAGAGUGACAAUGAGGUACUAGUCGAGGAAGAGGACAUCAAAAAAGGGAAGGAAGCAUGCGCUAAAAGCCUCAUAGGCCGUGUUUUUGCGGACAAAAAGUUUUCUGUGGGCACUAUGGAGAACGCUUUUAGAACCAUAUGGGGUAGACCAGAAGGAUUCAGAAUCUCGGAUAGAGGAGGUAACAAAUUUCAAUUUUUCUUUGACAAUGACAAGGAUCUGAUGCGGAUUGAAAAAUGUUCUCCAUGGCUAUUUAAAGAUUAUGUUCUUCAUGUGAGGAGAUGGAACGACUCUGAUCGAAGGGAGGAAAGUGAGAUGCAAGGCUUCCCAGUAUGGGCUCAAUUCUGGGGUUUGCCAGAAUGCUAUAAAACUGUAGAAGUUGGAAGGAAAUUGGCUGAAAAAAUUGGUGCGGUUAUAGAGAUUGGCUUCUAUGAAAUGAAGGGUGGAGACUCCAGGAUAAUAAAAGCAAGGGUAGAAAUAGAUGCAUCAAAAAAAUUCAAAUAUCACCUUUGUAUGAUUGGCCCUGAUCAACAGGCUGUUGAAAUUGGUGUGGGGUAUGAAAAAAUUGGGAGAUUCUGUACCUAUUGUGCACGGAUAGGGCAUGAGCCAAAGGAGUGUGAAUUACUCCUUACGGAUUCAACAAUGAACUCAGUGAGGCAAGACAAAAUUGGGGAUGGGAUAAAAGCUAACCAGAUGGGUAGGAGGAUUGAAGUUGAAUGCAAUGGUUAUAAUGUGCCUGGUUCUAACCUGAAUGACCAAGGGGAGAAACCGAAGAAAAAAUCUAUGCCUAGCUGGUUACUUAAUAGCCUUUCAGGUCUCUCUAUGAAAGAAACGGUGGGUGACAAAAUGGCCCCAGAGGUGACUAGUUCUCAUUCAAAGAGCAACUCUUUGAUGGAGAAUCGGGAGCGAAUUUGGUAG